AGUCGGUUACCCUAAGAGAUAAAUUGUGUGCGGUACAAUAGGGAGAGCCGGGUACGACGCUGUCCUUUACUAUUCUGUACAGGGGACAGUUUGGGAAAUCUGGUUCCUAAGCCCAUUAGAGCACCUUAAUUGAAAAGUGAAAUUAAAAAGCCAAAAAUAUGCCGGCGAAUAAAGAUGGAGACGGUGGAUGGAAGAGCUUUCUGUGGAAUUCGGAAAGGAAGGAAUUUCUAGGACGCACUGGUGGCAGUUGGUUUAAAAUCUUGUUGUUCUACCUGAUCUUCUAUGGAUGCUUGGCUGGGAUUUUCAUUGGGACCAUCCAGGCCCUGCUGCUAACCCUUAGUAACUACAAACCCACCUACCAGGACAGAGUCGCCCCACCAGGUCUAUCCCACACCCCACGCUCUGAGAAGUUUGAGAUCUCUUACAAUGUCAACGAUGUGGAGACGUAUCUGAAAUACACCAAGAGCAUCAAGGACUUCCUGGAGAUGUACGAUGAGGAGAGGCAGACCGACCAGAACAAGUACGAAGACUGUGGAGAAUUACCUGAAUCGUACAGGGACCGCGGUGAGCUGGAGAGUGACCUUGGAGCGAGGAAGGCCUGCAGGUUCAAGCGGACCUGGCUGGGACCCUGUGCUGGUCUGGAUGGUCAGGACGAAAACUUUGGCUUCAAGGAUGGGAAACCGUGUCUGAUCGCCAAGCUCAACAGGAUCAUCAACUUCCGACCAAGGCCUCCAACCAACAGUGCUUCUGUCCCUGAAGCCGGCCAGAGCAGAGUCCAGACCAACGUUAUCCCCAUCCACUGUCAGAACAAGAGAGAGGAGGAUGCUAGCAAGAUUGGUGAGAUCAAGUACUACGGCAUGGGCAUGGGGUUCCCCCUCCAGUACUACCCCUACUAUGGCAAGCUGCUGCACCCCAAUUACCUACAGCCUCUGGUGGCCAUCCAGUUUACCAACCUCACCUUCAACGAGGAGCUGCGUCUUGAGUGCAAAGUGUACGGAGCGAACAUUGACUACAGCGAGAAAGAUCGCUACCAAGGACGAUUUGACGUUAAGUUCACCAUCGCCAAUUCAUGACCUCAGCUAUGAAAAUGGCACUUUUUCUCUGCCCCUAUUUCAAAACAAGUUGAUUUAAGAGAAAUAAAGAAAAAUAGUUCAACUAAACCACGACUUGUCUUGGAAGAAACUUUCAUAAUAUACGGGACCUACAGUUAAUCUGUGUACAUCACACCGGCUUUUCUGCAUAAUGUCUAGGGUUAGAAUGUAAUUUACACCGGCUUUUCUGCAUAAUGUCUAGGGUUAGAAUGUAAUUUACACCGGCUUUUCUGCAUAAUGUCUAGGGUUAGAAUGUACUUUACACCGGCUUUUCUGCAUAAUGUCUAGGGUUAGAAUGUAAUUUACACCGGCUUUUCUGCAUAAUGUCUAGGGUUAGAAUGUAAUUUACACCGGCUUUUCUGCAUAAUGUCUAGGGUUAGAAUGUACAUUACACCGGCUUUUCUGCAUAAUGUCUAGGGUUAGAAUGUACUUUACACCGGCUUUUC